AGGUAUUUUCGCGGCCACCUGUGUUUCAGCAUGAAGCUCGGCUAGCAGCAAAAUGAACUUACUGGGGGAAGAUGCCCGUUGGGUUGAACACUUGCUAGCUGAAAGCUGAAGCGUGGUCACCAGCCUGUGUGGAGGAGAACAGGAUGCGGGUCACCAUGAGGAGGGUGUUGCUGGUGGUGGGCUCGGUGGUCGCCCUGAUGGUGACUCUACACCUCGGCCAGCAGGUCCUGGAGUGCCAGCAGGUCCUGAGCGAGAGGAGGCACAGGCUGAUGAGACCCGAGAACGAGGAGCUGGUCAUGAUGGACUCCAACCACAUCGAGUACCGUUACAGCAAGGAGAUGCCCCUGAUAUUCAUUGGUGGGGUCCCACGGAGCGGCACGACGCUGAUGAGGGCCAUGCUCGAUGCCCACCCUGAGGUGCGCUGUGGAGAGGAGACCCGCAUCAUCCCCCGCGUGCUGGCGAUGCGGCAGGCCUGGUCCAAAUCGGGGCGAGAGAAGAUGCGCCUGGACGAAGCGGGGGUGACGGACCAAGUUUUGGACGCCGCUAUGCAGGCCUUUAUACUGGAAGUGAUCGCCAAGCAUGGCGAGCCAGCCAGGUAUUUGUGUAACAAGGACCCCUUCACACUGAAGUCCUCUGUCUACCUGUCCAGGCUGUUCCCCAAUUCCAAAUUCCUCCUGAUGGUUCGAGACGGUCGGGCUUCGGUCCACUCCAUGAUCACGCGGAAAGUGACAAUCGCGGGCUUCGACCUGAACAGCUAUCGAGACUGCCUGACCAAGUGGAACAAAGCCAUCGAGGUGAUGUACUCCCAGUGCUUGGAGAUCGGGCGGUCCCGAUGCCUGCCCGUCUACUAUGAGCAGCUGGUGCUGCACCCCGAGCAGUCCAUGCAUGCCAUCAUGAAGUUCCUGGACAUCUCCUGGAGCAACACGGUGCUGCACCACGAGGAGCUGAUAGGGAAGCCCGGCGGGGUGUCGCUUUCCAAGAUAGAAAGGUCAACAGACCAGGUUAUCAAGCCGGUGAACAUGGAGGCGUUAUCUAAGUGGAUCGGGCACAUCCCGGGGGAUGUGCUGCAGGACAUGGCCCACAUCGCACCGAUGCUCGCCAGGCUCGGUUACGACCCCUACGCCAACCCACCCAACUACGGCCACCCCGACCCCUUAGUUGUAAACAACACGCACAGAGUUUUAAAGGGGGAUUAUAAAACGCCAGCCAAUUUGAAAGGUCAUCUGCAGGUGACUCAGAACACAUCAUCGUCUCACUAGGAAAAUUAAUGAUUUCCAGAAUGCUGCAAAUGGCCUUUUGUUGUCCAACAAGGAAGAGUUUGCAAUGGCACCAGUGGAAAUCGGUUAUCCAAGCAUAUUGCUUGCUAAUACUAUUGCCAAAAUGACUGCUAUACGAGGAAUGUAUUUGCAUUUAUUUGCAAAGGCCAAACGUUUUGCACGUCGGAUCCCCGUCGUCUGCCUUUUCCCAACGCUCCGUGGUGAAAGCAUCUGUGGAAAUUCAUUCUCGACGGGGGCGUCGGGAAGGGAUUUUGUACGCCGUGGCCGGAGGACUCGUUAAAUCGCGUUUAAAUGUCUUGUAACGCUGUUCUCUAAUUCGGGGGUCAGAACCCCUGGCCUUGUAGAGCCUUUGUCGUGCCA